AUGAGACAAACCUCUUUCUUCUAUCAUCUUUCAUUGACAGAGAAACUUAUGGUUGUUUUAAGAGAUGGAAGAACUCUGAUAGGAUAUCUGAGAUCUAUAGAUCAAUUUGGUGAGUAUACAGACUGCUUGCAGUACCCUAUUUUUCUGUAAGAUAGUCAGGAAUGAGUGCUACAGGCAGCCAUCUUGACCGAGUCUAGCUUGAAUAUGACUAUCUUAUCUAUGGAGGGGGUGGGGGACAGUUUAGGAGGAGGUGAGAAAAAUAAAGGGACUUCCACAACAGCACACUACAAGCGUUUUAUAGAAAUGACAACUUGUCAAUGACUUGUCCGAAACUUUGAACCAAAUACAUCUAUUAUAUAAUCACCAAUAAGGUCCCUACUAAUGCUGGAACAACGCACUCCUUGAAGGCAAUCUGCAGUGAAAUUGCAACAGUCCCGCUAUUUUUCUCCACUCCCCUCCCCACUGCCAUAAACAACUGAUGCCUGCUCCCUUGUUACAUUGGAAACAAAUUACAAAAUGACUGUCUAGUGGUUGCUGUUAAUGUAGCAGCCCAGUGAGUAUAAAACACUGUAAAUGUUUUGAGCUCAGGAGUCAGUUGUUUAGGUACAAUAAUUUUGUAAGUCGCCCAAACCGCUCCCUUCUAAAGAGGAAGAAGCUGGAAGCUCCUCAGACAUUAGUUUAUCCCUUGAUCAUAGCAAGAACUGGUAUCACUGAACUAUCCAGGCAGCAAACAAAAAUAGGAGGAACACUUUCCUCUUUUAACAGACAUUAUACUUAAAACAGUGUAGGUAAAAAUUGAAUUGUUUCUGGGAUAUUUCAGCCAACCUUUUGCUUCAAGAUACCAUAGAAAGAAUCCAUGUUGGAGACAAGUACGGCGACAUUCCCAGGGGAAUUUUUCUUAUCAGAGGAGAAAAUAUGGUUCUUGUUGGAGAAAUAGUGAGUAGUUUUUAGAUAUCGUAAUAAUACCUUAAUUUUGUCAUGUGUAUGUACUUCUCUGUUUUGAAAAUAAGCCCCAGAGAGAUGGGAACUCUGAAGUUCAAAAGCCGCCUUCACAAUAAUUGCUUUUUUUGCUGCUGUCAAUCAUAAAAUAAUAAUAUGCGAUCACAAGCAGCACACAGAAACACACAAAACGGAUUGAAAUCCACCAACCACAAAUCACAAACCAUGACUUUUUGAACCCACCGAAGAAAACUUGUUUCCUAAGGGGGGCCGCUUAGAUGAUUGAUUGUAUAGCUUUUGAGCUUCAGAAUGGUCGCAUGUUUUUGAAAAGUGCUGUAAUAGUGGGGAAAUCUGUGUCAACAUAAUUUUCAAUGUUUGAAAGGACAAUAUUCACUGGGCAUUGUAAAAAAAUUCUCAUUUCACAAUAUAAUCUCAAUAUUGAAAAGAUGUGUCAACUUUUGCAAACACUGCAGCAAUAAACUUCAUACCUGUGAUGUUUUGUAAAUUACCAUAGCCUUAAUUUACUCAAAGAAAAGAAAAACAAAAUUGCAGAUUCUUCUUCCAAAUUGACUUAAGUUUGCUGAUGAAACAAGGAGAGAAUUUGACAUGACAUCAAGAGUCCCAGAGAGCCUUUUUUCUCAGAACUCUUUAGAUGAAACCUUGUGUUACUGUUUUAACCCUGUUAAACCCCAAAAGAGACCAACAUUAAUUUUCUCCAAAGAAUGUCAAUACAUUAACAAGAUAAAAGGUGAUGAGACUGAAUAAAAUGAUCACCAAUGGGAAAACCUUUGAUUUUUUAACAAAUUCUCUUAACUAUGUUUUUUAUCUUUAUUAUUAAGUCUGGAGAAUUUGUAUGGGGAUAUUGAGGCCAAUGGUGUUAAUAAGAUAGGAGUUGUUGUUUCAUUUUGAAAAAGGAUGAAGAAAAGGAGGCCAACUCAAAACUUCAAGAAGUCUCAGUGGCUACAAUUUUGGAAGCUCAGAGAGAGGAGCAAUUAGCCAAAGAAGAGGAAGAGAAAGCAAAAAUGAAUGCAAGGCUAAAGCAAGGACUUCCUGUGAAUGCACCAGACUCUUAUUUAAACAGUGAUGAUGUGUUUGGUUGA